UUUUGUUUGGGCACUUCUUUGCCCUAUUUUUCGUUUUUUCGCUCACCUGUGCGCGAUUGCGCCUCCGCCUCUGUCUGAUUAGUUUGUGCGGGGCGGAUUGCGGCGGUUGUAGCUCGCCGGACGCGCAGCUCGCACACCGUCACGAGACGCGCGGCGCAGCCCACGCGAGCUCGUUUGAAGGCGGAGAUCGAAUUAGGCAAGUUGCUGCCACAGAAGAGGCGGAGAGGAGCGGCUGGACGUCGGCUUGCCUUCGCCCCCCCCCCCCCCCCCCGCGGUUUAGCGUGUCGCCUCUGGGCCCAGCAGGAGUCUCUCAGACCCCCCCCCCCCCCGGUAAGCGGCCAGCCAUGUCUGGACAGAGCGUGACCAUCCCGGACGACCGGGCUUUCGCCAGCUUCAAGGCGGAGUGUCUGUGCGAGGAGGGCUGGAGUUUGACCUACAACAAGGGGAACAUCACGGUGUGGAGUCAGGGCUUGGAGGAGGGGAGGUCCGUCCACAAAAUGAAGUGUCAGAUGGUUUGUAAAGACGUGUCGGCCGACACCAUGUACGACGUCCUCCACGACAUCGAGUACAGAAAGAAGUGGGACACGAACGUCAUUGAGACCUUCGACAUCGGGAAGCUUACGGUCAACGCCGACGUCGGGUACUACUCAUGGAAGUGCCCCAAACCGCUUCGGAACCGCGACGUGAUCACGCUUCGCUCCUGGCUGCAAAUUGGGAAAGAUUACAUCAUCAUGAACUACUCUGUCAAACACGCUAAAUACCCCCCUAAAAAGGACAUGGUGCGGGCCGUGUCCCUGCAGACCGGCUACAUGAUCCAGAGCCAGGGACCCAACCACUGCACCCUCACCUACAUGGCGCAGGUCGAUCCGCGAGGUUCGCUACCCAAGUGGGUUGUCAACAAGUCCUCCCACUUCCUUGCUCCUCGCGCGAUGAAGAAGAUCAGCAAAGCUUGUUUGAAGUAUUCAGAGUGGAAACAGCGGCACGACCCUGGCUUCAAGCCCUGGCUCUACCCUGAACAGACUACGUUACCCAGCAUCCCGCUCUCUGACCUCAGCAUCCAGCAUGCCGAAAGCCUGGAGAAUAUUGAUGAGAGCUUAGUUGACGAGACCCACGAGAGAGAAGACAGCGACUAAGACGAACGCACACUCGUCACAUUUUCAUACACACAGAAUAAUGCAGGGAUUCAUGGAUGUCUGACACACAUCCAUAACCACUCACAUGUAUGUGUGUGUGUCUGUGUGUGUGCUUCACAUGCAUACACACUGUACAUUAAGCUGCAAAUUCUGGCAUAAUGACUUAUGUCAUUUAUGCACACAAACCCUCCCCAUACAUACAUAAUGUAUGAACACACUAUCUACAGACAUGCAACACAGAUGCACACUCACGCCCUCUCACAGCCUGUACACUACAUGUCCAUCGAGGAAUAGCAAUGUUUUCUAAUCAGAUCAUAAAAAUAUAUUUUCAUUAAGACAUUACAAGAAUAUACUAUCCACCAUUUUACAAAUAUUCCAAAUUUACAGAGCAGUACAACCCUGUGUAUAUACAUAUGAACACAGUUACUUACUUAUACCUGCCUUUAUCUACUAAGACCCUGAUAACAUUGUAUCCAGUGUUGUAUCUGUUAUGUCCCAUCACAUGUUGUAAGCAGAUACAGUUAAAUGGGGGUGCAGAUGCUAAACUUUAUUCUGAUUUUCCCAAAGACACUUACUGCCAGUGCAUUAUCUACAGUAGCUCCUUUACCCCAAGACCUAGCAACACCACCCACAGCCUACAUUUACCAACCACCCUGCAAAUCCUAACCCUCAAACAGCCUUUGAAGCUGUGAGGACCUGUCACGAUGUAGCCUGUACAAGAACACACACACACACACACACACACACCUACAUCAACAGAUUUGACGCUUGUACUGUACGUACUGUCUGCUCCUCUGUUUCAGAGAUGUAUGAAUGUAUGUAGAGUUUAAAAAUUAAAUACAGAUUCCUACAAAGGUUUUCAAAGUUCA